AUGGAGGCGGGGAGGGAGAGCUCCAAGGCCAAGCGCGCGCGCGCCGCCAUGAGCAACGAGGAUGACACGACAAGCCAGGGGAGCGCAGGAGGUGGCGCGGCGGCGUCCGCCGGGGGACGAGAUGGCCGUGGUGGUGCGGCGGAGACGGAGGAGCAGGAGCAGGAGCAGGAGCAGGUGGUGUCGGCGGAGACGGAGGAGCACAUCCAGCGCAUCCUCCUCGCCAUCGACAACUACACCCGCCAGGUGUCUGACAUGCUGGAUGCCGGGCGCGCGCUGUUCAAGGACCUCGCCGCCGACUUCGAGGACCGACUCUGCUCGAUCCACAAGGAGAAGGUGGAGCGGUGGGAGGAGGAGAUCCGGGAGCUGCGCGCCAGCGACGCCGCCAGCGAGCAGGCCCGCGCCCUCCUCCACAACGCCCAGCUGCACCUCCUCCACACCGUCCGCGACUAG